UGAAGUGGGAAGCUCGGUUUUGGUUCACGGCGGAGAGGGUUACACUGGGCCUUGUCGACCGGGGCUCGACUCGUCACUGUUCAGUCCACACUCGCAAUCCACACUGACAGACUGAGAGCUAGAAACGGACCCAUGGAAGCAAUGGGACGGAUAGCUCGAGUUGGGCCGACAGGACAGGGGUCCGUCGUCGGGGCGGCGAAACAGGGAAUCUUUAUAUGCACAAAGAUGUGUUGCCCCCAGCCGACUGGGCGACGCCAAUGUGCAUUCUGCCUGGGACGAUCUUCAACAGGUUUAAACGCCAAUCCCCUUUGCUCGCUCGCCUCUGCCAUUUCUCAUCUGAUCAUCCGUCUCGUCUCUCGCCAUCCUCUCGCUCGACCGGUCACUGCGGUUCUGUUACGACGCUCGCUCGCCCGCCUUUGCAGUCUUGUUGUUGUUGUUGUUGCUGUUGUUGUUGUCCAUCGCCACCUACUACAUCCCCGACAUCUUCACAUUCCAACGCCCAAGUCUCAGGCUCGUGAAAUUGCCAGGACUGCGCAACAGUCUACACACAUACCUAUCGUCCAGUGUCGGCUUCGAUCGAUUGGACGGGUACGCAGUAGGGGUUCUACUUUCGUUCAUUCUCAAACGAUAAACAUUCAGCAGCAAGGUUUUUUUCUUUGCUUUUGAUACCGAACCCCGGGGACCGGAGAAGAAGCGCGCGCGGCGUAUCGACCCUCACAACCCAAAGCUGUUAGCUCGACGGGUCUCACUACUCAAAAAAAAACUCCAUCCUUGGCCUCACCCCCCAACCACCCACCGCACCAGACAAAAGGGUUUCGGCCGGCCAGGUACCACCGCUCAUCCAACCUUUUAGAUCGCCUGCUCGCCCCUCUUCCUCACAUCAGAAACGGAGGCCGCUUGCGACCUAUACAAUACCUGCAAGCCUCUCUUU